AUGUCGUUUCAUCACUUGACUGAUUUUGACGUUACUUGCACCAUUAACAUCAUAAUCAAUAUCACUCUGGUUACUCCAUCUCCCUACUUUCCACUACUCAAAAAGGCCCAUUUCUCAAAGUGGCUGCCACAGGUGGUCGAGUCUGAGAGUACACAGCAAUCACCCAUGAUGGAGCCUCUCUUGACCGAUGGCAUGGCAUCACAGUGGCAAUCACCCUCUUCACUGUCACCGUCACUGUUCAGCUAUUCAAACUACCACCGCUAA